UUCAUUAGAAACAACCCUGUUUAAUUGCAAUAUAGACGGACUACAAUACAAUGGCGGGAGUUGCUACAAAGGGAUCCAGUUUAAUCAAUAGGCUUCUUGUGCAAGCAAGACCACAAUUGGAUGUUUUCUUAAAAUAUGCCAAAGUGGAGCUAACACCACCAACGCCCGGCGAUAUUCCAGCUAUUCGUCAGAGUAUCGGCAACAUUGUCAAAAGUGCUAAAACCGGGUCCUACAAGAACCUCUCAGUGAAGGAGGCUUGGUUAAACACACUUGUCACCGCCGAGGUCAUCUUUUGGUUUUACAUUGGCGAGUGCAUUGGCAAGCGUCACCUCGUUGGCUACAAUGUUUAAAUUUACUGUUACGAACCUUUGGUGUCUGACCAUGCUAUUGGAUGCACCAGCGAUUACAUUGUGAACGCAUUAAAAUGUCAGCACUUAAUAUAAUUAAUAAAUAAAUUCGAAAGUGUGAUCAAAAGACA